AUGGGUAGCAUAGGAGAGAUAGUCUCCAAGCCGAAGAAGUAUAACACCGAGCUCACCGACUACUCAGCUGUUCACGCCGAUAAGACUGGGCCAUAUGCCGAAAAUCUCGAUGUCGAUGCUUUGGUCGUCGGCGCCGGUUUUGCCGGUGUCUUUAUGCUCAAGACCCUUCGCGAUCGCGGUCUGAAGACGGUCAUUUUCGAGGCCGGCAACGACACGGGUGGCACCUGGCGAUGGAAUUGUUACCCCGGCGCCGGCGUAGAUUCCGAAGUCCCCGAGUACGAGUUCUCCUGGCCCGAGGUAUACAACACGUGGAACUGGCCCAACAACUACCCUAACUACCAAAACUUGCGUGAUUACUUCGAUCACGUCGACAAAGUAGUUGGUAUCAAGAAGGACUGCGCUUUUAACACCGUCGUGAUUGGAGCUCAGUUUGAUACGAAUGAGGGGAGGUGGAAUAUCAAAACUGCAGAUGGUCGCACGACCAAGGCCAAAUACCUCGUCCUUGGAACCGGCUUUGCCGCCAAGCGUUAUAUUCCCCCGUGGACCGGCAUGGAUAAAUUUAAGGGUAUCGUGCACCACUCAUCUUUCUGGCCUGAGGAGAAAAUCGACGUGAAAAACAAGCGCUGUGCUAUCAUCGGUACCGGUGCCUCAGGUGUGCAAAUCACGCAGGCUUGGGGCCCUGAGGCUGGCGACCUCAAGGUCUUUCAACGGACUCCUAACCUCGCCAUCCCCAUGCGCAAGCGAGAACUCACUGUCGAAGAGCAGGAGCGCAUCAAGCCCUACUACCCAGAGCUGUUCCGGUACCGCGAGACCAACUUUGCUGGUUUCCUAUACGAUUGGUGCGAGCGCAACACCUUUGACGACACACCCGAGGAGCGCGAGGCCUUCUACGAGAGCCUCUGGAAGGAAGGUGGGUUCCGCUAUUGGGUUGCUGUGUACAAGGACAACCUGAUCAAUCCCAAGGCCAACAAAGAGUCGUACAAUUUCUGGGCCAAGAAGACCCGUGAUCGUAUCGGUGACCCCGAGACGAGGGAGUUGCUUGCGCCGCAGAAGAUGCCGCAUUAUUUCGGUAUCAAGCGGCCAUGUCUUGAAAAUAACUAUUACGAACAGUUCAAUCGGGAAUCAGUGCAUCUGGUUGACAUCAACAAUAACCCGAUCAAGGACUUUACCGAGACCGGUAUCACCCUCGAGGACGGAACUCACCAUGAACUUGAUGUCAUUGCUGUCGCGACUGGAUUUGAUGUUGUUACCGGUGUCAUGACCCAACUGGGCCUGAAGAGCAUUGACGGUGCCGAGCUCGAGAAAGAGUGGAUUCCAGGUGCAAAGACCUACCUCGGUACCACCGUUAGCGGCUACCCCAACAUGUUCCACAUCUAUGGCGCACACGGCCCGACACUCUUAAGCAAUGGCCCCACGUCAGUUGCGGUGCAGGGCCGGUGGAUUUCCGACGCCAUUUCCAAGAUCGAGGCCAAUGGCGUCAAGUACAUCAACCCCAAGAUUGAGGCCUCUGAUAAGUGGAAGAAUCAUGUGGUGGAUCUUAAUAACAGGACCCUCUUCCCCACGGCGCAGUCGACGUACAUGGGUGGCAGCAUCCCUGGCAAGGUUUCCGAGCCAGUGUGCUACUCCGGUGGUAUCCCCGCUUAUGCCGCGGAGAUUCGGGCGGCCCUAGAUAACUGGGAGGAGGGAUUUGACGUCGUCAAGGCUUGA